CCAUUUACCCGCCACCCCGGAAACCCCCUGGCCCGCCUCACAGCCCCCCCUCCCCUGCUCGAGGCCCCAGUGUAGCCUUGGAAUCCCCCCUCCUCCCGCCCUUCCUCUUCCACCUCCCCAGCCUCCCUCCCUUCACCUUUUCACAGCAGCCCUCCUCCCACACCUUUCCCUCUUUUCCUCCUUUCACCAUGACGACCGCUCUGAGGAAGAACCGCAAAAAGCGCGGCCACGUCAGCGCCGGCCAUGGCCGUAUCGGCAAGCACAGAAAGCAUCCCGGCGGUCGCGGUAACGCGGGAGGCAUGCACCACCACAGGAUCAUGAUGGACAAGUACCAUCCGGGUUACUUCGGUAAAGUCGGUAUGCGUUACUUCCAUAAGUCGCAGAACAAGUUCCACUGCCCACACAUCAACCUCAACGAGCUCUGGUCGCUGGUUCCCGCUGAAAUUAAGGAGCAGGCCAGCGGCGCGGGAUCCGCUCCCGUGAUCGAUGUUACCAAGUUCGGGUUCUUCAAGGUGCUCGGUGCCGGCGAGCUGCCGUCGCAGCCGUUGAUCGUCAAGGCGAAGCUGUUCAGCAAGCUGGCGGAGCGGCGGAUCAAGGAGGCCGGCGGAGCGGCGCAAUUGACGGCGUAAAGUUGCCGGCUAGGCGUCAGACGACGUGUCAGACCGGCGGUCGGGAUCGGCAGGCAGCGGCUAGGGUUUCGUUUCGGUUCGUUCAGGGAUCCAGGAGUAGGAACAGGCUUUCAAGGCUGCUGAUCGGCUGGUUACCAGGUAGACUACUGGUCGGUUGCUUUGCUUGUUACGCGUUCCUCCAUAAUGGGUACAUAUUUCCUGAUAAGAUACAGAUAUCCCUUGCUACUGGCUGCUGAACCUGCUGCUGCCGCGAUGUCUGUUGUCAGUGCAACAAGCUAAGGUGGGCAUUGUACUCUUACGCAUUUGUGUUUCUUUUUCCGUUUUCACA